AUGCCAUCUACUUUCAGAGCCUCGCGCUCAGGGCGACACCUUGAAAACGCCAACCGUUCCCGAACUGGCCAAAUCGACCACGAUGUCUUCGAAGGCUUGCCCGUCCGCCGAUGGUCGCGCCAGCCACACACCGUCUCCCAAAUACCUAAAGGUGAAGACUCCGAGCUAGGCGAAGGCCUCGGUGGAACCAAUGCGCUGCCCGAACUACCCAUGCCACGAGACAGCCAACUUCUACCAGCCAUGAGUCGUGCACUUUUGCGCGCCGCGCGCGCAGGCUGCAUCUACAUCCGCCCGACUGGUCGAGCGGCUGAAAAUGAGAAGGAGGAAGGAACGGAUGGGGAGGACCAAGGUGCAACGGCUCAUAUGGCAGACCGCAGCUUCACGAGCCGCAAGUGGACAACCCUACCGAAGCAUUUGGAGCCUGCGGAGGUGGAAUUCCUGGCCAAGAGACGGCCUGGGCUGGUCUCGUUGUAUGGCAAUGGCGCGGAGGGUGGCGCGAUGCCGGGUCCCAUGCGGAAGACGAAGAUCAAGCGGACUGAUCCUGAGAAUGGCAGCAUCUCCAUCUACGAGGUGUGGGUGCCAGAGGGACAUCGCAUUGAGGGCGAGAUUACCGGGGACGUGCAGACUAUCGUUGAGCAAAGUGAAGUCCCUGUGACGGCGGAGACGCCCGCUCCAGGAACGGUCGUUGAGGGUGUGGGUGUCGUCAAUGCGGAAGGUGUAGUCGUUGCUGAGGCUGGCUCGGCCGCUGUCAUGACUCCUCCAAAGCGGCGACCACCCCCUCCCAAGCGCAAGGGUAAAGGCAUUGGCAAGGGCCGGAAGAAGAAGGUCAUGUUUGCACCCGGUGAAGGAGCUGAUGCUGCAACUGUACACGGAGUCGCUUCUGCUGAUGGGGCCAUUGCCGGCGCCAAGGAGGGAGAGGAUCCCUCGCGGAUGUCUGUGGACCAAUCUGGUCAAGAAGAGGAUGAGGAUGAUGGUGAAGAAGGCGAUGAGAGCGACGAGGGGGACGAGUCCAUGAUGGAUGCAAAGACCCCAGAGACACCACAGGCUCCGCCGAGUACUGAGCUUGUCGAGCAACCUACAGCCGAGACCCCCGCCGAACAAUCAAAGGAUGUCGAGAUGGCUGAUGCUCUUCCUGAUACACAACCUCCCGUUUCAGAGCCGGCCGUCGCUAGCGAGGAGCCUUUCCUUCAGCCACCGACGGCAUUGUUGGUGCAUGCUGAGACCCCACAAACAGCCGCUGAGGUCUCUGCAUCUGUAACGCUCGCUCCUCCUGCCGAAGAAACUAAGCCCUCCAGCGAGCAGCUUGGCCAGAGUGCAUCAUUAGAGUCACCUGCUCCCACGGAGUCCGUGACGCCCGCAAUCCCAUCAACAACCGAACCCACCCCCAAGGAAGAAUCACAAGCCCCGGAGCCUGCCAGAGAGGAGAAACCUGCUGAGGAGACCGCCGAUUUCACGCCAGUCGAGAUCAAGCCAGAGCCAACGCCACAACCUGCCGAAGAGAUUCUCCCAGCUCCCGUCACCGCAAGCCCUGAAAAGCGCGAAGAAACACCAUCAGAACCUCCCAAGCAGCCAGAAUUAGAGCAGCCUAUUGGGGAAGUGCCAGUAGCACACCCCGAGCCAGUAACGGAUGAAUCAGCCCAACCCCCGAUUGAGGAGCCAAAACCCGCAGUUGAGCCGGUUCCAGCUCCCGAGAUCACGGAAGCUGAACAGGCUCCAGCUGCUCUUGAUGCCGUUCCCGUGCUAGCAGAGAUCAAGGAAGACAUUGAAAUGGGCGAGGCGCUUCCCACAGAGGAACCAACCGCAGCCCAGCCUCCUGUCGAAGAACCUUCUCCUAGGCCAGCUGCGCCGGUUGAGACCGAGCCUGAAGCUAAGCCUGAGCCUGAGCCUGAACCUGAACCCGCCACAGCUCAAGUAUCCGAACCUCCCGUGCUAGACACGAAUGCACCCGCGGUCCCUGAGCCAACACCCGUAUCAGAGCCUCAGCCCGAGGAGCCGCUGGCACCAUUGCCAACUCCGAUUACCGAACCUACCCCUACAGCUGAGCCCGAAACAGUCUCUGGCACCGAGCCCGUAACGGAAGAGCCCAAGUCUGGGGCUGAGAGUGCAGCUGAGGAGAAGAAAGACGAGCCAGAGCCCGCCCCCGAGGCACCUGCAUCUGAGUCUUCGUAA